AUGCGGAUAUUUUGGCUCUGCGGCCUGCUGGCCGCGGCAGCCGGGCUGGCUAACGCUGAUGCAGACUUUAUGAGUGUCAGGACGAAGCUGGCAAAGGACUACAGUGGUAAGGGGGUGAUCCAGGGGAGAAGUACUUCCAUGAGUCGGUUUAGGUUCGACCGCUACAUUGCAUGGAUCUCUGCUAAAGCAAGUUUUAACCAUCUAGAUUCCACCCUCACUACGAUGGACGGUAUGCCUCGUUUGCGAAAGAAAUUCUGCUGGCUGAUGACGGUGACUGACCCGAGAGCCAGGUUUGCGUCGAGCGUUCUUCCCGAGGAAGAGGCCUUACCCCAUCUCACUGCUUUGAUGCAAACGUACCUGGCGACCAUGAACGAUAUCGGCGCGGAAACAUGGAUCAUGCAUGGGACACUGUUGGGGUGGUGGUGGAACCAAAAGAUCCUACCGUGGGAUACCGAUCUUGACGUUCAGAUCUCUGAAGCGACGAUCCAUUUCCUGGCCGAGUACUACAACAUGACAGAGCACCAUUUCAAGCUCCCUGGUGUGCCCGGGGGACGCACCUACCUCCUCGAGAUCAAUCCGCAUUAUACGGUACGGACGACGUUAGACAACCUCAACGUGAUCGACGCGCGUUGGAUCGACACGUCUUCCGGGCUGUUCAUCGACAUCACGACAGUGCGUGCAGAUGACGCUGCGAGGUCCCGAGGGAUAAUGGGUGCUCUAAUGUGCAAAGAUGGACACCACUAUCUCGUAGGUCUCAGGUCCGACCUGAAUGAAUACGACUGCUCACAUCUCCAGGAAAAUGACAUCUUUCCUCUGCGUGAUAGUCUGUUCGAAAAUACCCCGGUCAAGAUCCCAUAUGAAUACACCAAGCUUUUACAAGCCGAAUACGGCGAGAAGUCGAUGACGCUCAAAACUUAUGAAGGCCAUACCUGGAAUGAACAAACCAAACUCUGGGAACCAAUUAAGUAUGAUCCCUACCACCCUGUUGCCUUGGGCCUUUCGAGAUCUGACCCGACUUCUAUCUGCAGACAGAAGAAGAAGAAGCGAUCUUUCCAACCGCCCCGUAAUGUGAAUUAUAGUCCUAUCCGGACCACAGCUCUUGGGCGUCGCAUGACAAAGUAA